AUGUCUGCCAUCUACAGCGCUCUCUUUAACAGACUUCACGAGUUCCUGGUGUUUACAGGGUUCUCCCCCUCUAAACCUGAUGUCUCACUUUUUUACUACACCAUUGGCUCUUCUCGGGUCUUCUUGCUCGUUUACGUCGAUGACAUCAUCAUGAUGGGUAAUGAUGCAGCAUUAGUAGACAGUCUUCUCAAAUGGCUCUCCUGUACUUUUAAAAUCUGGGACUUAGGCACUCCGAGCUUCUUUUUUGGUAUAGAGACUAUAACUGAUAAGACAAGGUUUUUACUUUCUCAGCAACGGUACAUGAAGGAUAUAUUGUCUCGUGCAGGGAUGUCUAACUACAAACCUUUGUCUACACCAGCUGCUGUCACACAACCUGCCACCCCGACUCUCGAACCGUUCGACAAUCCUACACAGUAUCAGCGCCUAGUUGGGGCACUACAGUAUCUAACCAUCACGCGACCUGACAUGUCCUUCUCUAUUAACAGGCUAUAUUGGGCCGGAUGUCCCGUCGACAGGAAGUCAACUAGCAAUUACGUUGUCUUCUUUGGUAGCAAUCUUAUUUCUUGGCUCUCGCGCAAACAGCGCACUGUGGCUCGUUCUUCUACGGAGGCUGAAUACAAGGGUCUGGCAGAUGUUUCCGCGGAGGUCACUUGA